AGUGUUUGUGUGAAUGUGUUAUAUGUAUUACUACAUUUUAGUUUCCCAAAAUUUUCACAUGAUUAUCCGAGUAAUUAACAAUGGAGACAUUGUGUAUUCAUAAAAGACUUAUAUAGUAAAGGUAAAUAUGUUUUUUUAGGCUAUUUUCCUUGUACUGCUCGACAGAUUGAACGGUGCCAAAAUAGCCAAAUAACAUGCCUCGAAAGUUACCUUCAAAUAUGUGUAAUUGUCGCACUUAUGUGCCGCAUUCACGAUUUUGUUUUGGAGUUAAACAAUUAUAAUCUACAAGCAUUUUUCUUAGUUCCUAAUGCUUACUAGUUUGCUGAAUCCAGAGUUAAACAUAAAGUUACAAAUAAAAUUAUCGGGUUAUCGUUAUGACAAUAUAAAUAGAUGAAAACAAUACAAAAUAAUCCAAAUACCGUAGUGAAAUGGAUUAGCUAGCAGUUCCUGACACAAAGAUUACAAGUAGUAUAAGAUGCCAAGCAGAAAUGUCCUUUAAAAUGCAUUGCUAUCUGAUCCAUCUGCGUCUUCCCAUUUUCUUACAGAACUAUGGAAAUGCGAUCGUAACAAAUUGAUAUACAUAGAUAUAUGUAUGUAUAAAGACGAAUUUAGCUGGUCAAGCCGUUUGGAUAUAAGUGAUACUUGUUUUUGAGCAACUAACAUAUUAACAAUUGUAAAAACGAAAAGAGAACAAGUGGCCGAGAAUUAGGUGUGGAAAAGUGCCGCAGGGCAUGUUUAUACCUGAGACACUGAGAAGCUGCAUGAUUGAGACGGACGUAUCUUCAUAUUUGCAAACAUCAUCCUCAGGACAGGAUGAAUUUCAUCCGUUCAUUGAGGCUCUCUUGCCGUUUGUCAAAUCGUUUUCGUAUUCGUGGUUCAAUUUGCAAGCUGCCAAGCGAAAGUAUUACAAAAAACAUGAAAAACGUAUGUCACUGGAGGAGGAGCGACAUUGCAAGGAUGAACUACAAAACGAAAAAGCGGAGGUGAAACAAAAGUGGGCGUCCCGGUUAUUAGGAAAACUACGUAAAGAUAUUACUCAGGAAUGCCGAGAAGAUUUCGUGCAAUCCAUCACCGGCAAACGAAAAUCGAUUUGUGUUCUUUCGAAUCCUGAUCAAAAAGGAAAAAUGCGACGAAUCGACUGCUUACGACAGGCAGAUAAGGUGUGGCGUUUGGAUUUGGUUAUGGUCAUACUUUUUAAGGCGAUACCGCUUGAAAGCACAGAUGGAGAACGACUGGAAAAAAAUCCCGAAUGUACACACCCUAGCUUAUGUGUAAAUCCUUAUCACAUUAAUGUAUCUGUUCGCGAACUGGACUUGUAUUUAGCGAAUUUCAUCAAUACACAUGAUCCACUUCACAGCCCAACUCCGUCGUCACCGCCGCCUACAUCAAUAGCAUUAUUCUCAUAUAACAAUGAACACACCCAUGAUAACGCCAAUAGCAACACUAAUGGCAGUAAUAACAAUAUGAACAAAAUUAAGAAAGAUGGUGAAGCACGCAAAGAGAAAGGUUACAGCCACAAUCCUUACAAUGGAGUUGUAUGUAACGAUAUAAUAUUGGCUACUGGUGUUUUUUCAUCGAAGGAAUUGUGGAGUCUCUCUAAAGCAUCUAUUCUUGAUGAGGCAAGUAAUGAUUUACUAUCCACAAAUGCUAGUCAUAUUAAGUUGGAAAAUUCCGCCGGAACCUAUGAAUGCAACACAUAUCAGUUGCCACCACCAUCAAUUGGCGUUGGUGUAGAUGUCCCUGGUAACUUGAUAGCGACGAAUAAUAUGUCAGCAAACACGGAUUCUGGCCGAUCAGCUACCUCCAGCUCUUCUAUGAUUGUUCCGGCUGGGUACAGUAUUGACUUUGUUGAUGCACGAAGUAUGCAUUUGCCGCCAUCUCCCCUCUUGCGAACCCAAGGAGCAGCAGCAUGUAAAACUGACACGUGUACUUCGCCUGAUGUUGGAGGAAAUAACGGCAGUGGUGGUGGUUUUUCUGUGAUUUUGCGUCCAAAUGAUUCAACGGGUGCAAGUAUUCAAUCAAGCGAUAUAUCAAUGCUUCAGCGAUAUCCGCCUUCACUAAACCGCUCAUUAUUAAAUAUGAGUCAAGUGCGACCGAACGAAGUGUUGAUCCAACACAAUGUAACGUCUGCAUUGGUUGCAAAUUCAGUGAGCCCUGGUACAAUGUACUAUCAUUUACAUAAUAGCUCAAAUGGUCUAUCAGAUUCCAGUAAUAGCAGUACUCAGCAUAACCAUCAUCCUCAAAGGCAACAAUCUCAACACCAGGAACACCAACAAAACUUACACAGUCAUGGUUCACAAAUUUCAGUAGCUGCGGCAGCGGCUGCAGCAGCUGCUGCUGCUUCUAUUUCAAAAUAUUCUUCCGAAGUUGUAAGUGGACAUGAUAUGUCCGAGUUUGUUACCUAUGUUUGCCAAGAAACCGGAAAUAGUAAUGCUCAAAUUAAUGAAAUUCAUCCCCCGCCACAUCUUCAAAGUCACUUCCAGUUACAAACGGUUUCUACAGAAGGGCCAUCAUCUAGUCGUAAUCCAAAAUUAUCCUCCGCAGCGCCAUCCGCACAACCCUCUCAUUAUCAACAGUACAGUACGAUGUUACCUCCGCCACCUUUGCCACCAAUGGCGCGUCCAGUUGCGAUAAUUAGGUCCACAGGUGGUUUGACGAUGGUAGAAUCACCACCAUUAUCUGCAACACCUCCAAACUCCAAUCAAUCGGGUAAGGAAUCAUCCAGGCAUCAGCAAACACAGCAGGAUCACCAAAAUCAACAUCAGACUCGGUGCCAGACGCUAGCACAUCCUCAACAUGUCGCAGUCGAGCACGGUGACUCAAGUGGUCAAAUCUUGACGGUGAACACAUCUACGAACACUAGUGAAGGUAACGGUAAUACUACUUCGGUUUCGAGUACAACAGAUGCGGUUACCGUACCCACUUCCAAUAUGCAAAAAAACACAUCUGCUACUAGUGGUAGCAAUAAUAGCAGUAGUAGUUCAACUGAUAUUGUAGUGGCUGGUUCGUCACCACCUCCGAUAAGUCCUCAAGAACAUAUAGAUGUUGUACGUAGCACAAAAUCCUCGACAAUUGGUCGCUUUGGCACCCAGUCGUACUCAACAGCCACUAGUCGGGAGUAUUUCAAUCAUUUCCAUUCACAAACUACUCCAAAACAUUUUUCACAGAUUCUUGGCUACACUAGUUCAAUCUCGACCAUUUCCGGGGUUAUCAGUCCGACUAACCUAAGUUUGUAUUCAUCGCCGAUCACUGGUGCAUCAAAUGCAUCUCAUCGGUCUACACCACGGCCACGAUGGAACCCGCCGUUCCUUAUGGAAGAUGAGUUUAGCAUGAUGCCACAAUCAGUGUCUAGCACAAACUCUGAAAACACUCCAGUGAUAUUAAUGGAAGAUGCUAGCCGAUAUAAUGAAGAAUAUUCUCAGAAUCGUGACUACAUAACAUGAUUAAAAAUACCAGUUGUAGAUGACUACCAUUAAGAUAACUAGAAAUGUUUAGAUAAUAUAAGUUAGAGUUUAUAUGUAAGUUUCCCAUUUUAAGAGCUAGUGAAUAUUGUUUCAAUUAUAUAAGGCAAUUAUAAAAGUAGUUAUUGAAGCACAUAUGUAUACAUAUAAUACGUGGUAUUUAUACUAAUAAAUAUACAUAUACAUUUAUAGGCACACUUAAAGACCCCGCCACGCCUUCCUGUGGCUAGGAUGUAAUUAAAUUAUAUUAUAUUAUAUCAUUUAUAAUUACUCGUUUUUAGUAUACAAUCACAAACUUCAACGAUUACGAUCACGAAUAGAUUGUAAUGUGAUAUGUGAAGCGUAAUGUAAAUCAGCAUCCUGCCUUACCUAUAACCUACUGACUGUACACCGUAGUUAUAGAGUAUAACGAUACAGGAGGAAAGCAGAAAAAUGCACGUCGUGUGCCCGAUCUCUAAUCACAUAUGUAAAUUGUAUUGUUCAACAUUCGACGAAUGUAAUUGCAAAAUCGACGGUGAUUUUGUAAAAAAGGUCUCCGUUAAGACCUACGAUAGGACGAAACGGACGAAAUAGCGUUUCAUUUUUAUAUAUAACAAGACUAGAUCUAUACCUUUAUCAAUAUGCGUUCAUUUUUAUACAGUAAUACAAAAUACGAAACUCAAUAUCUUACGGGAAAAAAUGUUAAAAAGAUCUUUUCGUACGCAUGAUUUAGUUAUUCAAGAAAUGUAUUUGCUUUCCAAUUGGCUCAAUUGGUCAUGGUAGCCUAAUUCAUAUACAUACAUAUGUGUAGAGGCUUGAGUACAUAUACAUAUAGCAUACAGUGCUAGUGAACAUUUAAAAAUAAUAUACAUACAUAUGUAUAGUAUGUAUGAGGGACAAAAUAUUUUCGGUGUAACUUACACAUUCUGCUAUGUACUUAUAUUUUAUAAGUUCAUAUAAAAUAUUUUCAAACACCUUUAUACAUACUUGUUCAUAAUUAUUUAUUCAUUUGUGUGGAAAGUUUGAAAGAAGUUUUUUACCAUCUUAUUACAAUAUUUUAUUCGAAUUAGUGUUGAGAAAUGCAUACAUAUAUAUAUGUAUAUAUGUAGUACGGUUACACAUAUGAGCUAUAAUAAGUGGUCACAAUUACAUACAUAUAUGAAACUACAUGUGUAUGGGCAAGUAAGAUUCAUAGUUCAUAUACUAUAAAUACUUAAACACAUUUGCAAAUAAAUAGGGCUGAGAGUCCUUAUAGCCGGACAUAUUCUUUAAUUGGACAAAUUUCAUGAACACAACGUUUUCAUUAAUUUGUUCAUAUAAAACCAAUUCCUUUUACAUGAGAACGUUCCAAGAACCGGUUACGGACACUAUUUUUGCAAUACUUCGGUCAAAUUUUCUUUGGUAAAUGGACAAGCUUUCUUAAAAUUUGUCAAGAAGAUUGUGUACAAUUUAUACUUCCCGCUGAUUUACGAAAACUAUUUGGAUAAUUGUCAAUUAUUCGUCCUUGGCUCCCCCAUUGGCUCGCAUUUAUUAGUUCGAUAGAAUUAUAGUUUUAAAUUUCUGCUUCAUAGUAUAAGAAGAUUAAACACUCAUUUUUACCACGUCCCUAUAUAUGAACAGCACCUUUAGCAGGACAAAAAAACAGUGCGACGGUGGGUGCCCGUCUGUGUUUUCUGUGUAAACUUUGUUUUAAUAGCUACUAGCAAGUCAAUUUAAGGAUAACUUCUACUCUCCAAAAACCGCUUACAAGUAUUAGUUUCUCACGAGAAACUCAAUAAAGAAAAGCACUACUAUAUUAUGAAAUCUUGAAUAUAAAAUUAAAGCAAUGAAUGAAACAUGAGUUGAUGUCACGGUUGAUGACUGGGUAUGGUACUUAAGAGCACGGCGGUUGCAGAAAAAAGAAACUACGUUUUGAAAUAAAUAACAUGCAUACAUGCGUGAGAAUGCAUAAUUUGGACUACAAGUUAUUAGAGUUCAAACCUCAAUUGAGAUAAAUACCGAUACGAUAUGUACAUACAUAGAUACAAUGAAAUAACUUGUCUAUAAUUAUAAUUUUUUCGCAUUUUAUUUACUGUUAAAUAGUUUUAGGUAGUUGUUAUCACUAUUUUUUAUAUGUAUGUAUGAGUUUGCAAAUCGUAUACUAUAUAAUACUAUAUAUUUGGUCGAAUAUGCAUAUCGUUUAUGCUUGCAUUGCCAAAAAAAAUCCUUUAAUACGUUUCGUAUUUGUGCAUAAAUAUUCUUUAGUGUAGAUAUUAUAUUUAAAAUACCUGGUUCACAUUUUACUUUUGACAAAAUAUAUUUAGUUAGGUAGAUUGUUUUGAUUAGAUUCGAUCUAACGAGAAAAUUUCGUGUUGCAUUGAUACAUUCUCCACUUUAAAGAAAUGGUGGUUAAAGGUAAAGAUGGCGUCGGACUUAGUUCGCAGCGUGUCUUACUGAUUUCAAAAUUUUAGUACAGAAAAUUUCAUAUAAAUAAAAUUUCAAAACGAAAUUUAGAAAAACAAAUACACACUAUGAAAUUUUCGUGUUCUAGACUAACAUUUUUCCAUAUUUAAUUGUGAAUUUGCAUAAUAGUCUUAAUAUUUAAAACAUUUGUUGCAAUCCAUAUUCAGUUGGCCAUAUGUAACACAGCUUGAAUGAAAAAAAUAAUAAUUUUGAAUUAAUCCAAACAUAUUUCUCAUAAAUUCAACAAAAACAUCCUAUGGCAGGGCCAAAUUCUUUUGUAUUUUAAAGUUAAUUUAAAGUAAAUUUUUUAACAAUAAUUAGAACUAGCUGACAGUACCUUUAACAUUAUAAUCCCAGUGUGACUCUGCAUUUAUUUGCUUCCCCAAUAAUUAAUAACUUUAAUAAAUUUCUUUGAUAUGAAGCAUAGGACGAUAGUACAAAUUACUCGUUUUUGUACUGUUCAACCUGUUUCAUAGAAUCCUUUUUAUUUCACAAUAUGCAUGCUGAAGGAAAUCUUUGUCGAAAUUCUAGAGGUAUUUUCAAAAAAAUCUGUGUAUUUUAAAACAAAAACUUAUUUAAAAUAGUAUGUCCUUUGGGUCGCCACUAAUAUUAUACUUAGGCAGCUUUAAAAUUUUGUACUGAAUAGGAAAUUAAUAAACUAAAGUUUCAAUUGCAUUAGUACCAAUAACAUUCAUACAAAAACGUGUAAGUAUGUAUGUAUAUGUAUAUGUAAAACGGUUAUCUAUGACUCAUAUUCAAGAUGGGGAUAGGCUUAAAACUAUAUGUUAUCUUAUAAUUACGAGUAUAUAGAUAGGAAACUAGAAAUUGAGGUUACAAAAUAUACAAUUAAUUCAUUAAUAUUUGUAAGCAUACAAGCAAGGGCUUACACUGAUAUAAACUAAAAGAUUAAAUUGAGACAAUAGUAGAUAUAAUUAGAACACACUAAAAGGCACAUAAAUCAGUCUACAGCUAUUGCGUACAUGAUUUAUAAUAAUAAAUGAUAUAAAAAAAAUGUGUAAAAAAAUAUAUACAAUAGGAUAUACAUAUGUUUGUAUAUAAAGAUAGAGAAAUCUCCGGUUAACUGAACUUGAAAAUUUGUACAUUAACUGUUUAAUUAUCUGGAGAUUUUACUUAUUUAUACUCAUUUAGAUUUAAAGAAGCCUGACUAAGCGAAAAGUUCAAGAACAAUUAAAGAAAACGCUAAAAUGUAAUUUAAAUAUGUAUUUUACUUGAAGUUAGUUCAAAUAAACUGGUACUAUAUGAUAAUAUGAUAUGAAUCUCAA